AUGUCUCAAGAUCGUCACAAAUUCGUGAAGGCCCCGGAGAAUUUGGCGAUCCGCUCAGCCCGCCCGUCUGGUCGUGCAGCCGGUCGCCCGACAGGGGAAUUCCUGUGGGUGGACUACAAGGAAAAUCAAUCCAAGGCCCGCGAUUUAGUCCGAUCCAAGCAGGCCUUCGUGAGGACGCGACAUCACCGAUUGCGGAGAGAGAAGCAGGCCCAGCACAAUGGGUCGUUACCUCAAUGUCCGUCCCACCCGGUCGCCUCCAGCAGUACCUCCAAGAGCGACAGUGACGAAGAUGAUCAUGAGCGGGUAGUAUUGACCCCAUCCCCCCAGGCGGGCGUCACCGAUGGGAGCCCCUCUCUAGCCAUUAGCACAAAUCAUAACCCCAAUAUCUACUUCCACCACUAUCGAAUUCAUAGCUCGAGAGCAUGCUUUCCGCUUUGCUCCAAAGACGUGACAGUCUGGUUCUGGAAAAAAGCAGUGGAAGAUCCUACUUUGAUGCAAAUUAAGCUCGCAAUCAGUGCGGCCCAUCGAGCGGCGAUUCUCUCGGCUUCGGGUGCCCCUUCUCUAGCCGUGCAAAAGCCAGCACAAGAUGCGCUUCGCUUUCGCGGUGAAACGAUAAAGUCGCUCCGAUACAUUCUGCAAAACACGUCUACAAUGUGCUACGAACAGACAGUCUUUAUCAUUUCUCAUAUUAUUGUUUCGGAGGGCUUGGAGGCCAAUGUAGAUGCCGCCAAUAUGCAUAUGGAUGCUGUGAGGCAGAUGAUAAACGCCGCAGGCGGCAUGGAUCUUCUUGGCCACGGGACGCUCUCUAUGCUUUAUAGCUGUGAAUUUUUGCGAGGCAUUAUGUGCAGCACGGUUCCAAAGCUCGACAUGUGUGCGAAAUUUCAGACACGAGUCCUGAAAGAGUCUGCCUUCUUCAAAGCGAACAACCAUUUUACGAUUUCCUCAACUCUCGGCACUCGGAUCUUCAACUCUCCAUGGUCCCAAGAGAUCCACCCUAUAUUUAAGUCAAUCCUUUCUCACUUCAGACAACUCGUCUCGUAUUAUGAGAGUUUCAACGAGGUUGAUGUUGAGCCAAUGUCGGUUGAGAACGACUGCUUACUAUAUCUGAAUUACCGACUAUUGUCACUACCAUUUGAGUGCUUACUUACACCCUUUGAGGAGACAUUGCGCCUGUCGGUUCUGACAUACUGUUGUGUUCGAAUCUGGAACCUUUUUGGAGUUCCCUGUCUUGGGGCUCUCCUGGAACAGCUUCGAAGAAGUCUGUUCCGCAGCCUCUACCUCUUCCAAAGCACCGCACCUGACCUGCUGUUCUGGAUUCUAUUCAUUGGGAGUCUUGCAUCAAGGGGAAUGAAGACCAGCUCGUGGUUUUUGGCCCAUCUGACCGAUGCAGCAGAACAAAUGGGGCUGAAGAACUGGGCCAGUGCGGCAUCGAUAUUGGAGACAUUUUUCUUCGUGUGUCGGCGUCACGACGAGCCAGCCAGGGAAUUAUGGAAUUCCAAUUUUUAA